ACUUUUAAAGUAGGUAGAUAUUUUUAUUUCGAUUUAGAGAUGCUGGCUUGGCUCAACAUAGCGUGACAAUAUAUAUAUAACCUGUUACUUAAGCAAGGUAAAAUCAGUGAUCGUUCGUAGCUUGAUACUCCGCAUUUAUUUUCAUUUAACUCAGUAACAUCACCAAUCGACCAGUAUGUCUCUUACCAAGCAAGAGUGCGAGGACUUUUGGUCCAAGGCGGACAAGAACGGGGACGGGCAAUUGACCAUACAGGAACUUGACAAGGCCCUGAGGAGCAUCCUCCCGCCUGGAAAGGGACCCAGCAGUAAGGACGUCGUGUACAUGUUUUCGGCUGUAGAUAAGGACGGAGAUAAAUCCGUCACCAAAAAGGAGUUUUUUGAUGAGAUGGAGAAACCCCCAAGAAGGGAGACGUUAGAGGAAACUUUCAAGAAGUACGACAAGGAUAAUAGCGGAAGCUUAAAACGUGACGAGAUCGAGGCCGUUGUGAGGGAUUCCGGAGCCUUCAAGGGGGGUAACGUGAAGGAAAUAACGGAUGACAUCAUGAAAGAAGCCGACACAAGCGGAGAUGGAGCUGUCGAUUUGCAGGAGUUCUUGAAAAUCGUCAGUUAGAUUAUGAAACUCAUUGCUUUUUAUGACGUCUUUGGACUCAAGUGACGUCAUGGAGUGUAGACUGCCUUUAGUGGCAUCUAGAUUAAAUAAAAACCAUUGGUAGAUCUAUUUUAAUAUGAAAGAAAACUAUUUAAUCUUGUUAACGAGUUUAUGUUAUGUUAAAUUGUACAUUGUUUUAAAAUAUGACGGUGUUUAACAAACAAAAGAUCUGUUUUGAGUUUUAGAAAAUUAGAUUACAUAAUUUCAGCUAGUUCAGUAAGAACAUGGAUAUGCUCCAGGUUGUCUUCGUAUAUUUUGUUUUCAUUGAUAUUUUAAAAAGAUAUUCUUUAUUGCCAAUGAUUAUUGUCACAAUGUAACUAUGCACAUUUUAUAACAAGUAAUAUAUUUUAUAUUAAAACUAUAAAAAAAUAAAAUAA